AUCUCUCAGACCCGGCAACCCUGUGCGAGCAUUCAGCCGUCAGUAACCCAUCAGAUGUUGAAGUGUGAGGAGGCGAAGGAAGAGAUAUUUACUUAGAUGUUGAAGUGUGAGGAGGCGAAGGAGGAGCUAUUUACUUAGAUGAGGACCUGUUGCUGCUAGUGAGUGAAGAGGUAAAUGCCAGUGAGCCACUAGAUGUGAGGAGGUGCAGGUGCGUGUGAGCGGAGACUCUUCCUUGUAAACAUCGCUAUAUAAAUAAAGGAAAAUCUGCUAAAGCAAGGGAGUAACUCGUUAUUAUUCUGCAAAAUAAGAAAAUUUCCUCUGUGCAUACAUAACUUGGGACCUAAAAAGUGUUUCACUACCGGGUUGGUAUCCAAAGGCGCCACUAUCAACCUUGUGGUGUAGUGAACCUUUGGUGGCAUUCCGUCUGACACCUACACUGACACUCCCGUUCCUGGGUUAAUAGCCUUCCUUGGGUAACUAAAUCAAGGAAAGUCUCCUUCCUCCAGUAACCGUGUCAGACCCGACUAUCUGACACUGUUCCCAAGGAAUUAAUUGACUGAGGUGUAAUAUCUCCCAGACACAAUAUGGAAGGCAAGUGUAAUCUCGAGUGCUGGUGUCAUGUACCAACGAGAGGACAAAAUAAACCUCCGUGUUACGUGUGUGUACUCCAAACCUGCUCCUCCUGUAAAUCAGAGAUAACUCCCUCAGCGCCGCCACUGUCUCCUGUGGAGUUCCUGCUGCUGCAGCAGGAGGAAGAAGCAACACUAUCAUACAAGAAUCCUGAAGUUGCGCUUGGGUUGGUAGGCUCAGAUGAGAUCUCAUACGGAUGGAGAGCAAAAUUCACGUCUUCUGAAGACCCGCUAGUUGUCGACCUUAACACUUCCCCUGAUCUUGACAACAACAACAGUCAUCCGUCAAGUGAAACUGCUGAGGUGGAAGGCUACCUGUCAAGAGAGGCUUUCAGUGAAACUCCAGAAGCCUUUGUGAGACGAAGUCCGGCAAAAAGUGAACAGUUUCAAGAUGUAUCUCAGGAGGAAAAGCGUGAAGGAAAAUUCGGAGCCAACCAAAGUGAUUUAUCGGAGCUCAUAAAGAGCCUUGUUUUAGGAAAUGAUGAUAUAUUACAAGAUUCUGCUACCAAUCGACUGAAUAGUUUCGACAGGUGGAAUAGUCUAGAUUCAUUAUCACAGCGAAGGGAAUCAUGGCAGCACGAGAAUAAUCCCAGAUUAAGGGGCACAAGGAAGGACCAUUAUCAAACUCCUAGUACAGGAUCCGCAUUACUCUCAGUUUCUCACGACAUGCUCCACGUCCGAUCACACAAGUAUUCAAAUUCGGUAAUGACAGAGAGACAUUAUAAAAGCAUCAACAGAAUCCAUCGGAGAGAGACCUCGGCAGAGGCCGCCGUAAGAUACAAACUCAUGUUGAGUACCGAGUCACGUCGUUCAUAGAAUCAGUGAUGUGCAUUGGACAACAAAGAUAAUUCUUCCUUGCAAUUUGCGACCAGGACAAUGUUCAAUUACAAUUGCAUAAGCUUUGUAUUAUGUAUAACUUGUAUUCGUCGUCAUAAAGUAUAACCAGCUAAUAAAGUGGUCUGGAAAGACACACGUUUACAUUUAUAACAAGUAUAUAAGGCAACAUUUCACCAUGAGGGUUUUAUUACCAUAAGCUGAGGCAGGAGACGGGUGACUUGAAGUCAGAAGGUAGUAGUGGGAUCACUUGACGAGUAUUGGACAUCACAUAAGUUGAUGUCACGUGGGGUAAAAAGUUAAGAUGUCUGAAAGCUUGUGUGAAGUAUAUACAUUCAUAAAGGUACUGGGGGCUAGAAAGCGUAAAUCGUCGAGGAAAAAGCCUGUAAUUUCAUCUCUUUUGUUCUGUUUUUCAUGGUGAAAGAAAUUGCAUCUAGGCAUUUUUUAUAUGUAAACUUUGAGGAAAAGUCUGUCCUCUCUAGUUUGGAGUAAAACAUCAAGAAAAGACAGGUGUUUUCUUUUUCCACUUUAAUAGUAGACUUGUGUUCCUAGACAUGAUGACUAGUACAUCGUCCAUGUAUCGCAUUCAGAUGACUAAGUUUGGUAUGGUGGUAUGCUGGUACCAUUCUUAAACCGGAUCAGUUUAAGAUUAGUUGCUGACUCUUAUUUGAUGUCUUCCUGACUAAACAUUGUUUAGAGAUUAUGUAGAGUUUGUCUUAUUAAAAAUUAUCAUUGUUGACCGAAUAGCUGUUCUGUUUGUAUCAUUAAUAUAUAAUUCUCAAGGCGAUGGUGUUUUCCUUUAGAAAGGAAUUGGGUAGUGACUCAGGGAGAGAGAAAAAGAGAGAGUAGAGACUGUUGAUGCUCUGAUUGGCUUAAGCUGUAUUAUCAUUCAUCAUUUCCAAAAUCUGUAGUAUGGCUGGUAUAAGGUAGUAUUGGUGCCAACGGGGAAGUAAUUUAUUAAGAUUUGAUUGUGCGUUUCAGUACAACAGAUAGUUUCUUGAAAUUAAUCUAAAUGCUGUGAGCUACAUUGAGGCGGCACUCGUAGUUUUGUAAAUCCGUAGCAGAGUAUACCAACACGCAUUUAUUAAGACAAUAUUCGGUUCAUGGCAUUUUAAUGAGAAACUUUUCGGUCACUAGGGACUAUCAGCUUCUCCUGUCCUAGAGGGCGAAACGUCUGCUCUAUAAAAUGCCAUAAAUCGCAUAUUGUGUUCUAUGAACACUGUUUAGUUUUGUACCCCAGGAUUUGUUCCAUUUUUCAUUUAUUGUAACAGGUCAAGGUCCUGAUUAAAUGAUAAUUAUUUAUGCAAUAAAGCAUUUGA